AUGCAUUUUGAGAACGUCAUGCCAACCGAGAUACGCUUCGAGGACGAGCUCUAUUCAUCAGAGUAUUCCCACCUCUUUCUUGUGAUUGUUCGGGAUGUCACCUGUGUCAUGAAGGUGCAUCAUGGAAGGGGUCCCCGAGAAUUUUAUGAGCCCGACGACCGAGAACUUGACAUUCAUGUUUGUGAGAGCUCAGCCUAUCGCCGGUUGAAGAGUCAUGGGCUAUGUGACAAAGGACUUGUGCCCAAAUACUUUGGCUCUAUGAGAAAAUUCGACCCCAGCCUCUGCGAGCCGCACUUGGAUGCGUUCCUGGAUGAUGAAUAUCUGCCCAGCGCCAUCUUCAUCGAGUACAUCCCGGGAAUGGAAAUGCUCGACAUCGAGACCUGCACGGAACCUCGCUUCAAUAAUAUUAUCCAGGGCAUCAAGGAAAUACACAAGGCUCUAGUGGAGCAUGGAGACCCCAAACCGAGGAACAUUAUGGUCUUCAAGGAUGAUCCAGAAAGAGUAGUGUGGAUAGACUUCGACAGAGCCGAUACAUUCGAUGAGGACAGAAUCACCGAGAGACAAAAACAAAGACUCGAUGAAGAAGAGCAGAUGGUUUCUGAGUUGGUCGAUUGCCUGCGAGCCGACUCUAAGAAGGGGAAACUGGACGAAGCGUACUUGUUCUACUGUUCUUGA